AUGUUCACUUCGCUCGUCUUCUGGCUCCUUGUUGAGCUCCUUGCAGUCUCGUCCGUCCAGGCCGCCAAAGAGAUUGCAAACAACAUCAUCACUUAUCCAAUCCCCUCUGGCGUCGAAAACUCCACGGCCUUCGAAGUGAAGGUGCGCACGCCUGGUGGGAAAUGGAAGGACGUGGCUGUUUACCGCCCGACUCUUACUGAGAUCAACGCAACCUCCGGGUCACGAUCCUUGUACCAGUCAUCAAUGGUCUACUUUGACUUCAACGGUACCGUGGAAAUCGCAGCAACAUGGUCCAAGGAGCGUCCACAGGAAGUUAGGGUCCGUCCUGACUCGUACGGCAUUAAGGCCCAGAAGUCGGGUCGGAGCGUCAGGUUCACUCUCGACCGACCGCGCGACGUCGUUCUGCAGAUCAACGGCGAGAUUUUUGACGUUCUGCACAUCUUCACCAAUCCACCACCCGUAGACGAGCCGUCGCCGGAUGACCCUGAUGUCAUCUAUUACGGCCCUGGCUUUCACUCGGUGUCUGGCAAGAUUCAAGUCCCCUCUGGAAAGACACUCUACAUCGCCGGCGGCAGCGUUGUCAGCGUUGAGGCCAUCGAGUUUACGAAUGCGACCAACGCCGCUGUCCGUGGCCAUGGUGUAUUGACAUACCCGCGCUCUGGCAACAUUUUGGUGACUCGAUCUCAGAACGUCGUCAUUGAAGGACUCAUCGGACUCAACUUCAUGGCCCGGACAUUCGAGGCAACAGACGUCGACAUCAAGAAUUGGAGAUCCUUCAGCUCUGUCCAGUGGGGCGACGGCAUCGACCUCUUCUGCAGCCAGAAUAUCCUCAUCGAUUCCGUCUUUGUGAGAAGCGCCGACGACUCGGUAGCCAUUUACAACCAUCGAGGUGCAUGGUAUGGCGACGUCAAGAAUAUCACGAUCCAGAAUUCAUCACUUUGGGCAGAUGUUGCCCACCCUAUCAACGUCGGAACCCAUGGCAACACUGCCGACCCAGAGACGGCCAGUGACAUCACCAUUCGCAACGUCGAUAUCCUCGACCACAGGGAGAAACAGAUGCUGUAUCAAGGAACUAUAGCGCUCAACGCCGGGGAUAGCAAUCUACUAGAGAAUAUCCUUAUCGAGGACGUCCGUGUGGAGAACUUCCGGCUCGGCCAGCUGCUCAACUUCCGUGUCAUGUUCAAUGAGAAGUAUAACACGUCUCCGGGUCGCGGGAUCCGAAAUGUCGCCAUUCGGAACCUCAAUUAUAACGGCCAUGGAAGCAUCACCUCUCUAUUCUCGGGAUACGACGCUGAACGGACCAUCUCCAAUGUCACAUUCUACAACUUGACGGUGAACGGACAAGUCAUCACAGAUUCCAUGAGAAAGCCGGGCUGGUACUUGACGACGGACUUCAUUCCACUUCAUGUUAACGAUCAUGUUCACGAUCUCACUUUCAAGGCCUAA